UGAACUUGGUCACACGGCAGUGACGUCAUCUCCAUUUGCCGCUCACGGCAGUGCAGAGUAAAGCAUAGCUUCGUAUUGGAUUGCAGUGAAAUGUAUCUGCGGACAGACACCUGUAGAAGAAAAAGAAGGGGUUAAUGUCGCCAUGAGGUUCCGCUGCAAGAUCGUAGAUGUCAGCUGCCUGAACCACUUCACACGGGUUGUGAACACAAUCACAAAGCUGACCAAGUCCUGCACCUUACGACUUACACCGGACAACCUUUACUUCAUUCUUACCGACAAGGUGGCUAAUGGAGGCGUCAGCAUGUGGUGUGAGCUUUGCCAGGCAAAUUUCUUUGACGAAUUUCAAAUGGAAGGAGUAUCCCAGGAGCAAAAUGAGAUUUAUUUGGAACUGGUACCUGAAAAUGUUUCUCGAGCUUUAAAAACAGCGCAAAAUGCCAAGGCUGUAAAAAUCAAGCUUACAAAUAAGCAUUGCCCUUGUCUUACAGUGGCAGUAGAGCUGCCUUCUUUAUCACUCAACAGUCGUAUUGUUACACAUGAUAUUCCUGUGAGCGUCAUUCCCAGAAGGCUGUGGAAUGACUUUAAAGAACCUACUGUACCAGACUUUGAUGUAAGCAUAUAUUUGCCAGCAAUAAAAACUAUGAAGAGUGUUGUUGAGAGAAUGAAGAAUUUAAGCAAUUUUAUAGUUAUUGAGGCAAAUAGAAAUGGAGAAAUGAACCUAAAAAUAGAAACUGACUUGGUAUCUGUUUCAACUCACUUCAAAGAUUUAGGAAAUCCUCCUUGGGUCUCAGAUGACGUUUCACAGAAUAGCACUCCAGAACGAGACUCCGAUCUCCUAUCGGAAGCCAGAGUUGACAUUAAAAAACUUUUGCAGUUUCUUGCAGGGCAGCAAGUAAAUCCUAACAAAGCUAUAUGUAAUGUUGUUCAUAAACGGAUGGUCCACUUCAUUUUACUUCACGAUGAUGCGACCUUGCAGUAUUUUAUUCCAGCCCUUGCUUAAAAAAAAAAAAAAAAAAACUCAAAGCUGUUUGACAAAAACAUUUUUUUUCAUAAAGAUGAGCAACAAUUAUUCAGAAAUUAUUGCCUUUUAAAUUACAUAACUAAUGCACCAAUUGUUAAGUGUCAUUUUUUUUAUCUUUGUUUUUUGGUUAUUUUUGUUUUGACCAAAACGCCUUUUUCUACAUUCUGAGAAUGUAAAAUUACAGGAAAUAUGCUGCAUAAUAAAAUAGUUUUGGUAAAA